AAUGUCAUUACAUUGCCAUCUCUGCAAGAAGGAAGUUCUGGAAGGGUUUGCAAGGAGACUGACUGUCUUUACAUAAAUUUUAGAGCGAAAAACCCCCAUUUCUUUAUUGAAUAACAAAAUUUGCAUCCCAUUGAAGACGCAGACCAAGCAUAAUGGGUUAUAAUGGCCGUAAACAUCGUUCUCCUUCACGUUCCCGUUCACGCUCCCGUUCCCCUUCUCGAUCUAGGGAUAGACAUCAUCGUCGUAGCUCUAGAAAAGCAUAUAGACGUAAACCCUCACUCUAUUGGGAUGUUCCGCCACCGGGUUUCGAACAUAUCACACCUAUGCAAUACAAAGCUAUGCAGGCCUCUGGCCAGAUACCAGCGAAUACAGUACCCGAAAUACCACAAGCUGCCGUGCCGGUCGUUGGUUCAACAAUCACCCGACAGGCACGACGCCUUUAUGUGGGCAACAUACCGUUCGGUGUAACCGAAGACGAAAUGAUGGACUUUUUCAACCAACAAAUGCAUUUGGUGGGCUUGGCACAGGCCGAUGGCAAUCCUGUGCUGGCUUGUCAAAUAAAUUUAGAUAAAAACUUUGCAUUCCUGGAAUUUAGAUCGAUUGAUGAAACGAGUCAAGCUAUGGCCUUUGAUGGUAUUAACUUUAAAGGUCAAGUUUUAAAAAUAAGAAGACCACAUGAUUAUCAGCCUAUGCCGGGGGCGACGGACACAAAAGUUGUUCAGCCUUUAGCAGCUAAAGUCGUCACUAUAUCCACUGUGGUGCCCGACUCGCCGCAUAAAAUAUUCAUUGGAGGUCUACCAAACUAUUUAGGGGAAGAACAGGUGAAAGAACUUCUAUUAUCCUUUGGCCAAUUGAGAGGUUUCAACUUGGUCAAAGAUGCUGCCACCGGACUAAGCAAGGGUUAUGCCUUUUGUGAAUAUAUUGAUCUCAGUUUGACCGAUCAGGCCAUAGCUGGCUUACAUGGCAUGCAGUUGGGAGAGAAAAAGCUAAUAGUCCAAAGGGCUAGUGUUGGCGCUAAAAAUGCCCAAACUAAUCAAACAGCUACAGCAGCACCUGUCACUAUACAAGUACCUGGUUUAUCGAAUCUCAAUACCUCUGGUCCUCCCACUGAAGUUUUAUGUCUUCUGAACAUGGUCACUCCCGAUGAGUUGCGCGACGAAGAGGAAUAUGAGGAUAUUUUGGAGGACAUUAAAGAGGAAUGCAAUAAAUAUGGCAUUGUUCGCAGCGUAGAAAUACCACGUCCCAUUGAUGGCGUCGAUGUACCCGGUUUGGGUAAAGUUUUUGUUGAAUUCAAUUCGGUAAUGGAUUGCCAAAAAGCUCAACAGGCAUUGACUGGUCGCAAGUUCAGCGAUCGCGUUGUAGUCACUUCAUAUUUUGAUCCAGAUAAGUAUCAUCGACGGGAAUUUUAAACAACUUCUAUUAUCCCAUCAUAUGGUAUGGUAUUCUCAUUCUAAGUCAUAAGUUUUAUUAUUUAUCUAAUACUAGCAUUAGUCUAUUUUACCGAAUUGUACAACUUUUAUUUUUUUCGAAUAUCAAUAAUAAAAGAAAAACUGAUCUUAAAUAAUAAAA